GGCUCGUGGCUCCGCCCCCAGAAAGGGUGCCUUCUGUACAUUAGGGACUGGACUGGCCAGGGCCAGCGAGCCGUUCUCAACUGCAGGGAGGCUAAACCCUGAGCCUCUAGCCCCCUUGGCCCUUGCUUUUAUUUGCUCAGCACCAUGCCACUGGCCCGCAGCCUCUCGGUGACCUCCCUGACAGGGUUGGAGGACUGGGACGAUGAACUUGACCUGGAGAAUGCCAUCCUUUUCGAGGUGGCUUGGGAAGUGGCCAAUAAAGUUGGUGGGAUCUACACAGUUAUCCAGACCAAGGCCAAGAUUACACUGGAUGAGUGGGGCGAGAAUUACUUCCUGAUCGGGCCUUACCUGGAGCUGAACGUCCGCACCCAAGUGGAGCUCAUAGAGCCGCCCAAUCCUGCUAUCCGCCGCACCAUUGACUCCAUGAACGCAAAAGGAUGUAAAGUUUAUUUUGGUCGCUGGCUGAUUGAGGGGGGACCCUACGUGAUUCUCAUUGAUAUUGGGGCCACAGCCUGGAGCUUGGAUCGCUGGAAGACGGAACUGUGGGAAAGCUGCUCUAUCGGGAUUCCCUGGUAUGACCGCGAAGCCAAUGACGCGGUUCUCUUUGGCUUCCUCACAGCCUGGUUUCUGGGGGAGUUUUCUGCUCAGUGCGAAGAGAAGCCAUUCAUCAUUGGUCAUUUCCACGAGUGGUUGGCCGGGGUUGGCCUCUUCCUCUGCCGGAUCCGGAAGCUUCCGGUGGCGACCAUCUUCACCACCCAUGCAACUCUGCUCGGACGCUACCUGUGUGCAGGCAGUGUGGACUUCUAUAACAACCUGCCGACUUUUAACGUGGACAAGGAGGCAGGAGACCGGCAGAUCUACCAUCGUUACUGCAUGGAGCGUGCGGCCGUCCAUUGCACACAUGUUUUCACCACAGUCUCCCAGAUCACAGCUGUGGAGGCUGAACACCUGUUACAAAGGAAACCGGAUAUUGUGACUCCUAACGGUCUGAAUGUCAAGAAGUUCUCCGCCAUGCACGAAUUCCAGAACCUCCAUGCUCAGAGCAAGGCGCGUAUCCAGGAGUUUGUCCGGGGUCACUUCUAUGGGAACCUGGAUUUCAACCUUGACAAGACCAUUUUUUUCUUCAUUGCUGGUCGCUAUGAAUAUUCCAACAAAGGGGCCGACAUUUUCUUGGAAGCUCUGGCCCGUCUUAACUACCUGCUGAGGGUGAAUGGCAGCCAGACUACGGUGGUGGCAUUCUUUAUCAUGCCAGCCCGUACUAACAACUUCAACGUUGAGACUCUGAAAGGCCAGGCCGUCCGCAAGCAACUUUGGGAUACAGCUAAUGCAGUGAAGGAGAAGUUUGGCAAGAAACUCUAUGAAUCACUCCUUGUGGGGAAUCUUCCUGACAUGAACAAAAUGCUGGACAAGGAAGAUUUCACUAUGAUGAAGAGAGCCAUCUUUGCCACCCAGCGCCAGUCGUUCCCCCCAAUCUGCACCCACAACAUGCUGGAUGAUUCCACCGACCCCAUUCUCAACACCAUCCGGCGCAUUGGCCUCUUUAACAGCAGCGCUGACCGGGUCAAGGUCAUCUUCCACCCAGAAUUCCUGUCUUCCACUAGUCCACUCCUUCCCGUUGAUUAUGAGGAAUUUGUUAGAGGCUGCCAUUUGGGAGUGUUCCCUUCCUAUUACGAGCCAUGGGGCUACACACCAGCUGAGUGCACCGUCAUGGGCAUUCCCAGCAUCUCCACCAACCUCUCUGGCUUUGGCUGCUUUAUGGAGGAACACAUAGCAGACCCGUCUGCCUACGGGAUCUACAUCCUCGACCGGCGUUUCCGGGGCUUGGACGAGUCGUGUACGCAGCUGACCUCUUUCCUCUACAGUUUCUGCCAGCAGUCGCGGCGGCAGCGCAUCAUCCAGCGAAACCGCACAGAGCGGCUUUCUGACCUCUUGGACUGGAAAUAUUUAGGCAGGUAUUACAUGUAUGCCCGGCAUAUGGCACUAGCGAAGGCAUUCCCGGACAAUUUCACGUACGAGCCGCACGAACCGACAGCUGCUCAGGGCUUCCGCUACCCGCGCCCGGCCUCGGUGCCUCCGUCUCCCUCCAUUUCCCGUCACUCCAGCCCCCACCACAGCGAGACCGAAGAGGAUGACGAGCGGUACGACGAGGAGGAAGAGGCGGAAAAGGACCGGCAGAAUAUCAAGCCUCCGGCCAUGAUGGGCCCCGUGCCCGAGUGGCGCAAGCGCUCCAAGAAGGGUUCGAGCGAAGCCAGCACGUCCUCCAACGCCAGCACCCCCACCAUCCCCAGCAGCCCCAGCGACCUCAGCAGCCCCACCAACUCUCUGAUCGAGGAGAAGAAUUAGCCCGGCCGAACGCCGGUGCCGGCUCACCCUCCCGCUCUUUCCCACACCUCACACCCACCCCACACACCCCGACCUCAGUAGAUCAGCUGCGCUGUGGCGCUGGUUUCCGAAGUGGCCCCAGAGCGUCAGUUCUAGAGCCGAGGAGGGGCUCCGGGUUGGUGUGUUUCUAAUGGUUUGCCCCCUUCAGAUUCUCCGCUUCGGAUCAGGUUGCGCAAAGGGGGGCAAGGGGAGGUUCCGCGUGCCCCCUCCCCCAUUUUAGAAGGAGUCAGAAAGCUGCCCUUAGGCUCUUUCUUUGUGUUCAGCUUGACCUAAAAUAUCAGGUGGCACAUUCCCCCUGCCACAGCUCCCCCUCAGACAUGGCCUAGAGUCAUAUCUCCUGUCAGCCUUUUGGGAGGAGGGGGAGAACCCUGCUGCAUAAAAGGGGGGGAAUGUGGGGGGGGGGGAAGAAAUUGGGAAGUUUUCCUGGGUGUGACCUAGGAGUGAUCUUCAUGGUUCUUGGUGCUCCUGGCUGGGCCUUUGGCCAGGUAGGUACGUGGUCUGGAGGUAUAGCAACACUUCCCUCAGCCAGAUAUUGUUCGCGGAAAUGCUGCAGCCUUUUUAACAAACGUUCAUAAGACAGGGUUUUGUAAGACCAUGUUUUAUAAACGCUAGAUUAUUAUUUGGGGUGGGGGAGGGGCAAGUGAGUGCUCGUGACUGGCAAACUUCUAAAACGUUCCCCAACAAUGUUCUAGAAUGUUCCGGGAUUCUAGGCAAGCCCAGUGCUUGAGGGAUCCAUGUUUUAUAACGCAAGAUUGUUAGGGUAUGGGGAGGGGCAGGUGAGUGUUCUAGAACGUUCCCCAGCAACGUUCUAGAAUGUUCCAGGAUUCUAGGGAAGUCCAGUGCUUGAGGGGAGGCUGGAAGUGUUCAUUAAACGGCAGCGCCUGCUCUGCUCCAGAUUGAGUGCUGCUUAUGAGGAGAGGAACGUGCUUCUUCCCAACCAUGCUUCUUGAAUAAGUCUGCGCGUUCCGGUCUUGCUUCUUCUGGACUGUGUUUUUUAUUGAAGAAUUCGGUGGAGCUGUUCAAAGCGAAGGCCCUAGAAUCAGAAAUUGCAACAGGCAGCAGGGAUUUUGGAUGUGUGGCCCUUCUGAAGCAUGAGCAGCUGAAGAAAGCGCUUAAGAUGAGAGGUGCAGCCUGCUUGUUAGAAGGUGUGUCUGGCUGGGAAUAUUAAGAGGCUUUUCUUGCCAGUGAUGGUUGUUCUAGAACCUCUUAAGCACUGCAGUUUAAAGCCAACCAUUAAUGGAAGUGCAGCGCUCCUCUUGACCACAGGAAAGGACUUGGUCCACCUUUUUCAACCUCUGGAUAUGUUGGACUACGCCUGGUUCUAUGAAGGAAAAGUAGGAUGUGGUCAAAAGCCUUUGCCUCUAAUGUGGUCAAGGGGGAGCCGAGUAAGUGUGGGUGUAGCAUUCUGGAGAAGAAGGAACCCUAGGACUGACUUGCAGCAUAAAGCCCUCUUAAAGUGGCUCCACUGGAGUGGAAUAGGAGAUCCAACCGGAAAUUUCUUUUCCAGGAUAGGCUGAAAGGAUGGCUUUUUCUAGAGUAAUAUUCAUAGCCUAAAAACUGUUGUUUAUCCUGAUGGAAGCUUGAGAGCAUUCUGGAACCGUUCAAAGUGCAAUAUUAUUCAUUGCGUGUGACUUUUUUUGUUUUUUUAAGUGCCAUGCUGAACUUAAUGAGGUAGGACCACUGUUCGCUUACAGCCAGUAGCACGAGCUAGAAGAGAGUCAUCUUAAACUUUUCUUGCUUCAGGAAUGCAGUGCUACGGACGUCCAAUCUAUAGCCCAGCCUACCCCAAUCCAGCACCUUUCAGAGGUGUCUAAAACUACCAUCAUCCUCAGAGUUGCCAUCCUACACAUCUGGAAGGCACCAGGUUGGAGAAAACUGGCAUAGACCAGAGGUGGGGUAAGUCGCAUAGGUCCAAAACAUCUGGAGAUCUACCUUCUGUCCACCCCUGCUAUAGACAAUCUAGAACGUAUACAACAUCUGGAUUGCCUCCUUGAUUUCUCUUGCAGGAGAGCAAGCAGUUCUGAAUUAUGGCCAUUCCUAGAGCAUGCUCUAAAGUUGUGCACUAAAAUGUGAAAGCAACUGUAAGCUCUUAUCGGUUCUUCUUUGAAUGACUAUGCCAGCCUUCCAUAACCAGGUGCCCUCCAGAUGGACAUUAUGGGAAUUGCAGUCCAACAUAGCUGGAGAGCACCAGGUUGGUCUAAACUAGGGCCCAUUAUGGCCAUCCUCUUCGGUGUCUUGGAGCACCAGCCAUAGCAGUUGAGAUCAACAUAUGCCAUCAAGUCCUGGACUGUGGGGAGGCCCACUCAUCAUGAAGAUGUGAGCCUGUGCUAUUGGUGAUGUAGAACAGUUUGACCAAAGUUGGUCCUCUGGCGCAGACAAGCUGAAGGAAGGGCGCUGGAGGAUGUACGACUUACUGUAAUUGGUCCAUAGAUAUUCUGUCCAGCACAAGAGAGGGGUGGAGCAAAUGCCAACUCACACAAAGACCCUUCAGUUCUGCAUCUGUUCCCAACUUUGGUAUCAACAGUAAGGAAAAUCACUUUUUUUAAAAAAAGACUUUCUGUGGCCUAGGUUAUUAUCCCUCCUGAUCAUGCCUUCUGUUUGCUUGGAUCAUGAACCACAUCGUCCGCCCCCCCCCCC